ACAGAUCUGGCCAGAGCAGUCACCAGCGACACACUCUGCAGCACCGAAGCAGGGUAGCAGAGAUCGCAUAGCACCGGAGCGCGUCGAGCAACUAGCGGCUAGCUACAAUGGCGCCGCAGCUCCGGUCAUGGGGCCGCCUCCUGGCGCUCGCGGCCCUCCUCGCUGCGGCCGCGGCGCAGUCGUCGCCCGCAGCGGCGCCGGCCACGCCCACGCCAGUGGCAGUGCCGACGGCUCCCGCCCAGUCCCCUCCCGCGCCGACCACGCCCGCGCCCACGGCCACCCCGGUCACUCCCGCGCCCACCGCCACCCCGGUUGCGCCCGCGAAGCCGCCACCGGCAGUCGCGCCGGUCAAGCCGCCUCCGGUAGUCGCGCCCGUGUCCGCGCCCCCGCCCGUCGUGACGCCUCCUCCGGUGACGCCACCGCCGGUGAAGGCUCCUCCUCCCGUGACUCCGCCCCCGGUCGCGGCUCCUCCGCCAGCAACGCCUCCACCUGCGGCCGCCCCGGCCGAGGCGCCAGCAGUGCUCCCCCCAGUGGCGACGCCCCCGCCGGUGGCCGAGGCUCCCGCUGUGCUGCCUCCGGCCGAGGCUCCGUCCAAGAGCAAGAACAAGCACAAGAGAAAGAGGAGCGGCAAGAAGAAGUCGCCCGCGCCCGCGCCGGAGCCGCUCAGCCCACCGGCCCCCAUCGCGCCCGAGCCAACCACCGUCGAGGACGUGUCCGGCCCCGCACCCUCCGCCAACGAUCUGAGCGGGAGCGGCAGGCAGUACGGGCGCUGGGGGAUCGUCGUGCAGACCGCCAUGGCCGCGCUUCUGCUGUCGCUGGCGUGGUGAGAGUGAAACCCAGCAGAGAGAUACAUCCGUCCAUACAUUUUCUUCGUGUAUCACAUCCAUUACGCUUGCUUGUAAUGUUAGAGAUCCAUCAUUUGUUCGAGGCUUGUAAUAAACUGUUUUUUGACAUA